AAAUGAACACGCACACAAAAAACAACAAAAAAAAAAAACGAUCCCCCGCCGCCGCGGCGAGUCCCCACGGCGGCGGCGGCGGCGUCAUCUCCGGCGGGAACGGCGUUAGGCUGGGCAUUCAAGGGCAGGGCGACGAGCGGCCGGUGAUGGUGGGCACUGCAUCCAGCGCGAUGGAAGCAGCGGCCGCCCGCGUCGAGUCCACGGCGGCAGCGGUGACCGAGGAGACGGCGGCGGCGAUGGCGAUGAGGGUUGCCCCUAGCUUCUUCCAUGGCGCGGACAGCUCGCUGUGCAGUUUGUUGCUCCAUCCCCCGACGAGCGGCAACUUCCAUUGACUGGGAAUCAGGUUGCAUAGUAGCAGCAGCGACUGCCUCCUCCUGGAUUUGACCGAACCGGCGGUUGAAGAAGAAGAAGGUGGUGGAGCUCCAUGGUGGUAAAACCAUUGCAUAUGCGUUGUCCUCCUCGUUCUUCCAUUUCUCUUAAUUUCUCCUCCAUUAUCACCAACAGAGCUAGACAAGCCGGUUCAGCUUCCAAUUUUUGAUAUAUUAUAUUUUUUUGUGUGGAAUAAACCUAGGAAAAAUAGGAGGAUGAGGAGUCAAGAUUGCAGCGGCAAUAUCACUAGGUUCAUUCUUUGAAUAAUUGAACUUAAUUUGUUUGGAGAAGGGGCGGCAUGGUACCAAUGACCAACAAAGAGGUAACUUUCCAGAUUGCUAUGUAGAUGGUGAUUUUACUGUCCUGUGUAUGAUCUGCCCCCAUAAUCAUCAUGAUACAGUAAAGUUUUAUAUACAAGUCACCAUGGUACAAAAUUAAAGUGUUACAAAGUGCUCCCUCCGUUCUUUUUUGUUUGACGUCCAACGUCAAACAUUGAGGGAUGUAGGUAGUAUUCAUUAUGAAAAUUUUGAAAGCAGCAGUGAUUGCUAGUAUGAUUUCCUGGACAUGCCUGUGGCUGUGUUGCUAAGAACAUAGGGAAGCACUUUAUUCUGAAAGUGGAGAACCUGAAGGUGGUGAACAGCCAGCAAAUCCAGAUUUCAGUGGAGGAUUGCACCGACGUGAAGAUGUCUCGCCUGUCGAUCACAGCACCAGAAACUGCCCCAAACACCGAUGGCAUCCACAUCACACGCAGCAGAGAUGUUCAGGUGACAGACUGCACGAUCAAGACCGGGGAUGACUGCAUGUCGAUCGAGGACGGAACCAAGAACCUGCAUGUCAAGAACAUGGUGUGUGGACCGGGACACGGCAUCAGCAUCGGCAGCUUGGGGGAUCAUAAUUCUGAAGCUCAUGUCAACAAUGUCACCGUGGACAAUGUCAGGCUGUAUGGCACAACGAAUGGAGCUCGCAUCAAGACAUGGCAGGGAGGAAAGGGUUCAGCGAAGAACAUCGUGUUCCAAAACAUGGUCAUGGACAAUGUCUGGAACCCCAUCAUCAUCGACCAAAACUACUGUGACUCUUCUACACCCUGCAAGCAACAGAAAUCUGCAGUGGAGGUGAGCAAUUUGCUGUUCAAGAACAUCAGGGGCACAAGUGCAUCAGAGGAGGCCAUCGUGCUGCAUUGCAGCAACAGUGUGCCUUGCCAUGGCAUAACCUUGGAGAAUGUCAAUCUCACUGUCAAGGGAGGUAGCAGUAAUGCCAAGAGCACCUGCCAGAAUGCAGAAUGGAAGAAAUCUGGUGUGUCAGUCCAUUGCCCUGUGGUUUCAAAAAUUGAUCUGGAGCUGGUUGGAACAUCAGAUUAAGUGGAGGAUGUAGAGUGUCAGAUGAUCUUUAGAGAAGAUUAUAUGUAGAGUAGGAGGAUAAAUACGUAGCGGAAACUACAACUUUGGUGUAAACUUGAAAUCUUAGGAGGGAUACAUGAUGUGUACAGAUAGAUACUAGAUAGAGAGGCCCUAAAUUGACAGAGUGUGCGAAGCAACUCUCUGGGUUCUUGAGGGAUACAUGAUGUGUACAGGUAUAUACUAGAUAGAGAGGCCCUAAAAAAUUAACCGUGUGUGAAGCAACACUCGGAGUUCUUGUACUGAGUUCUUGUUCUCGAAGCCUCACAUAAGUGAUCAAAGCCCAUUGCGAGCUAUUUUUUUAA